AUGGUAGCACUUGCGGAAGAAAACGGCAUUGUUGUUCUAAAGUGGAAGGACACCCGAGAUGUCAGGAUGCUUUCGCCAAAACAUGCUCCUGUUAUGGCUGCCGUAUAUGACCAAUCGAUUACUGACUUAAAUAUUCCAUCCACCAGUAGAAGCAGGAGAAUAAACCGACGCGAGGGAAAUCGUGAAAAACCUCUUGCUAUUAUUGAAUAUAACAAAGGCAAGUCGGACAUUGAUCUAUCGGAUCAAAUGGGUUCAUAUGAUACAACACUCAGAAGAGGUCUAAAGUGGUGUAGGAAAGUUGCCGUUGAAUUUUUGCUGGGAAUGGCAGUUGUAAAUGCUAAUUUAGUUUAA